AGAAUAGAGAAAAUAUCUUGUUCCUUACACACUUCUUAUUCAUUUGUUAACUCGCACAAGAACAUGAAACUUGUAUAUUCAUCGAUAACAAACUAUGAUGAACAUAAAUAAAGUUGAUAAUCGCGAGAGCAGUUUAGAUUAUGGAGCUAAAAUAGAUGAAGCCAUAAUAAAAUCAUUACAUAAAGAUUAUUGUCUAGAGCAUUGUGAAUCUAAGCCGAAUACACACAUAGACUUAGCAGUUCAAGUUAAUAAUAAUCAAAAUAGCCCAACAAAAAUACAUGGACAUCAUAAAGCAGAUAACUCAGAUUCUGCAGAUAAUGAUAUUAUAGGGAUGAUGUGGGAACCAGAAUUAGAUUUUGUAGACGAUCCAGAGUGCUUUAACGAGUUUAAAAAUGAUGAUGUUCCAAUGCGAUUUAUGUGUGGUGUGUGUUUAGGUCAAUUUCGUACUAGAUGUGCUUUAGACAUUCACUUCAGAACUCAUAGAGGCGAAAAACUAUUUAAAUGUGUAUUAUGUGAUAAUAUAUUCAAUGAAUUAGCUAUUUUAAAACAUCAUCGAGAAUUACACAAUAUAAAUGAAUUGGUUACAUGUGGAAUUUGUGGAUUAGUUUUUACAGAAAUGUAUCAUAUGAUAAAACAUAAAAAAAAGUAUCAUUUUAAUGAAUAAUAAAACAAUUUAUUAGUCUAUGUACCAUAGACUUGGGAAAUAAAUACAUUUAUUAUACAAUGAAAUAUUUGGUUUCUUUUUAUUGAAAAUUAUCUUAUAUUAUUCUCUAAACAUGAAAAUUGGUAAUUUUAUAAUAUUAUGAUACCAAUAAUAUUAAAUCACUAUUUCUGUAUCACCUAAUUCUUCUUCGGUAGGUAAUUGUAUCAAACUUGGAUGUAUGUAAUUAGGGUCGAUGAGUGGUAAUCCUUGAUCUUCUCUUCUUCUCAGUUCAAGAAAAGCUUCCCUUUCUGCCCAAUUCUUAUAAUUGUAGUCUGGCAUAUAUGCAAACAUAAAUAUACCACCCACUAUACAUAAAGUGACUGAAAAAAAUCCAGUAG